UAGGGACGUGGAAGCCAAAGAUUAUCAUUUGGAGAUGGUCUCUCAACAGGGGGCUGUUGUGAGGCUGAGAGCUGGGCUGCAGGCGAAGCCGCUCUCCCCGACCGUCAAUACGAGGCUGUUCCUUCCCGACUCUGCGGCUGUCCCGAUCCCACAAGAAGGUCGUGGGGUGGGAAGUGCGCAGUGAAGGAGCAGCGGUCGCCGUGUUGCUGUUCAGUCUUGCGCUUUGUGCCAAGCUGCUGCUCCACAAAGGGUUACCAGAUCCCCCGCGAUCCCAAGACUGGAUCUUGACCCCGGCUCCUCCCAGCUCAGCAUCAUUAUUUCGCAGGAAGGAAACGGCACAGGGUGAGCCCAGCCCUGAGCUCAGGAAAGUGAAAGUAGCCCUGUGCCCUCCCAUCUCACAGCCAUGGCCACGGCGAGCGCUGUACAAAGCCUCCGGGACGAGGUGACCUGCUCCGUCUGCCUGGAGUUGUUCAGGGACCCGGUGAUGAUCGUGGGCUGCGGGCACAACUUCUGCCGAGCCUGCAUCGCCCAGUGCUGGGAGGGGGCCGAGACGGACGUCACCUGCCCCCAGUGCAGACAGACCUUUGCCCAGAGGCUCCUGGGCCCAAACAGGCAGCUGGGCAAUUUAGUCGAAGUGGUAAAGGGCCUGAGCGUGGGGUCAGCAGAGGGAGCCGGGGGCAAGAUGGUGUGCGAGCAGCACGGGGAGGCUCUGAAGCUCUUCUGCGAGACAGAGCAGGUCCUGAUGUGCGUGAUCUGCCGGGAGUCCCGGGCGCACCGAGCUCACCCCGCGGCUCCCAUCCAGGAGGCUGCGCAGCAGUUCAAGGAACAAAUUCAGACUCAGAUGCAGAUGCUAAGGGGGGAGAGGGAGAGGCUUGAAGCACUGCAAGGGAGUGAAAGCCAGAAACACCAGGAAUACCAGCAAAAGGCAGCAGCCGAGAGGCAGAAGGUUGUGGCUGCGUUUGAGCGACUGCGCCGGUUUCUGGAGGAGCAAGAGCGACUCGUGCUGGCCGAGCUGGGAGAGCUGGAGAGCAGCAUUGAGAAGAGUCAGGGGGAGACUGUCACCCAACUCUCCGAGGAGAUUUCCCAUCUCACCAACCUGAUCAGGGAGCUGGAGGGGAAGUGCCAGCAGGCCGCCAGUGACCUCCUGCAGGACACAAGGAGCACGCUGAGCAGGUGCAAGAAGGAGCCGUUCCAGCUGCCAGAGGGGAUUUGCCCAGAGCUGGAAACAAGACUCAGCAUCUUGUCUGGAGAAACACUUAUUCUACAGGAGACUCUGAAGAAGUUUCAAGAGACUCUGCCGUCCACCUUGGAGAAGGGCAAAAGGGUACCAGAGGGAUCAUACACAAAGGCGACGGUGACUCUGGAUCCAGACACGGCAAAUCCCCACCUCAUCCUGUCUGCGGAUCGGAGAAGUGUGAGAUGUGCAGACAAACGGCAGCCUGUGCCUGACAAUCCUGAGAGAUUUGAUGUGAACCAGUGUGUGCUGGGCCGGGAGGGAUUCACCUCCGGGAGACACUGCUGGGAGGUGCAGGUGGAGGUGGGGCAGAAGGACUGGGCCGUGGGGGUUGCCAGAGAGUCUGUGAGGAGGAAGGGAGGGAUCAGAUUUAGCCCCGAGGACGGGAUCUGGGUGGUGCAUUGCUGUUGGGAUCAGGUCUGGGCUCUCACGGCCCCUGCUCCCACCCGCCUGUCCCUGCGCCGGGCGCCCAGGAGGGUGCGGGUCUGUCUGGACUGUGCGGGGGGGCAGGUGUCGUUUCUCGAUGCUGACACCGAGGCCCCGAUCUUCACCUUCCCGCCGGCCUCCUUCGCUGGGGACAGAAUCCGGCCCUGGUUCUCGCUCUGGGUUUGGGCGAAGGGGCCUGGGCCUGAGCUGAGACUGUGCCAUUGAGUGAUGGGGAACAGCCGGGGAACGGACCCCCCACGCGGGGAAACGGGCCGCUCUGGCUUCCUACUCUCUGUGACCCCGGAGGAGUACCAUCUACCCACCCCGUCCCCUCCCCUCUGCCCCGGGAGCUGCCCAAGUGAAAGAUGCCGUCUGCGCUGACAAGCCCGUCCCGUUGCACCGACCAAUCAGUCCCGGCGCUCGGUGGUCCUGGGGGAGUCGAGCGCGGCCACCAGCACGGACCCUUGAGGACACCGCCCCAGCGAUGACUCUGAAACCCGUGCUAAGCUUGUGCCUGCUCACAAAAGUGAAAAUACAGAAUACGGAUGCUAACUGCAUGUUGCAAGAGGACGCGAGGUCAUGGCGAGGCCAUCCGAGAAGGGAUAAUGAAUUAUCUCCUCAGCUCAUCUUGCUCUAUUUAGGAUGAUUUCCUAGUGUCUGGUGUGUAACCACAUGAGAUGUCUAUCCUUGAUUAAUUAGUAUGGUAAAUAUUUCUUUUGCAAUUAGCUUGUGUUUAUGUGCAGGAAGAGACAUUCGCCGUAUGUGAUAGAUGUCUCCUCCUGAUUCAGUGUCUUUUUCCUGGCUGUGAAUCUGUUUCUUGAUAUGUUUCAAACCGGAUCACCUCUUGUUACCGAAGAAGGUAACUCAUUCGAAUUAGGAACUUCUGAUAACCAGUGAUGAGCAGGUUUUCCCUGUCAGUUAUUGCUUGGGAUCCUUUGAUUUGCAGAACUAAAAGAAUGCUUCGAAGAUGCUAAACUAAAGGGAGAAAAAGGCAGUAAAACAGCAAACAGCGCGUGCUUCAAGAGUGAGAAAUCUCUGUGACACCAAUUGCUGACGCACCUGACUUACUCCAGAAGUUGAAUAGAAACAGACCACUUCUUCAUCGCCUGUUUGGAGAGAAAUCAUCACCUUAUGGCUAAUUGCUGGACUUUGCAUUGACUUGGGCUCACUUGAGAUGAUUUUAAAUACUUAUAGUAAUUAAAGCCUUUCUGUCACUCA